UGGUUAUAGUUAGUUAGUGCAGCUCAUAAUCGAUGCCCAUGUCGCCUAUAUAUCCGAGGCCGUCACACCCCAUCACAUGACCACAACUGCAAACGUUCCCCUGCUCCUCACUUCUCUUCUGCUCCUGCUCUGCUUCACUUACAUAUCGGUGCUCUGCGAGAUCGUCCUGCUGGCCAUGGUGGGGGUCACGGUGCCUAUCUCCGUGGACACGAUCCCGCUGGUGAAAUGUGCACAUGCCGCGGCGGCCGCGGUGCCGAGCGUCGACCUGUCGGCGCCGGACGCGGGGGCUGCCGUGGCGGCCGCGUGCCGCCGCGUGGGCUUCUUCAGGGCGACCAACCACGGCGUGCCGGCGGCCCUGACCGACGCGCUGGAGGCCCGCGCCGAGGCCUUCUUCGCGCUGCCGCACGAGGACAAGCUGGAGGCGUCGGCGCGGCCCUUCGGCUACGGCAGCAAGAGCAUCGGCUGCAACGGCGACGUGGGCUGGCUCGAGUACAUCCUUCUCUCCGUCGGGUCCGGCUCCGUCGCCGCCGCCUGCCUGCCGCCGUCGCUCCGGGCGGCGCUGGAGGAGUACACGGACGCGGUCCGCGAGGUGGGAGCGCGGGUGCUGGAGCUGAUGGCGGACGGUCUCGGCGUGGCGGAGGAGCACCGCGGCGUGCUGCGGCAGAUGGCGGAGGCGGACGGAGCCGACGAGAUGGUGCGCGUAAACCACUACCCGCCGUGCCCCUGCCCCCUGGCAGCUGGGCAGCGCGGCGUGACGGGGUUCGGGGAGCACACGGACCCGCAGAUCAUCUCCGUGCUCAGGUCCAACCGCACCGGGGGCCUCCAGAUCGCGCUCCCGGACGGCCGCUGGGUACCCGUGGCCCCCGACCCCGAUUCCCUCUUCGUCAAUGUCGGGGACUCCCUCCAGGUGCUGACGAACGGGCGGUUCCGGAGCGUGAAGCACCGGGUGGUGGCGCCGGCGGAGGGGCAGCAGCCGCGGCUGUCGGUGAUCUACUUCGGCGGGCCGGCGCCGACGCAGCGGAUCGCGCCGCUGCCGGAGCUGAUGCGGGAAGGGGAGCAGAGCCUGUACAGGGACUUCACCUGGGCCGAGUACAAGAAGGCCGCCUACAAGUCCCGCCUCGGCGACCACCGCCUAGGCCCAUUCGAGCUCCCCGCCGCCGAAGAACCCACCAGCUCCGACAAGCACUGCGGCAGCAACGCCGUCCAGCUGCCGGCGCCGGCGCCCCUUCACGUGGCACGAGUGCACUAGCUAGCUUAGUACUCCUUAAUUAGUAGUGAUCUUUUUUGUGCAUGUUUAAUCAAUGUAAUCUAAUCUAUAUGCACCCAGACAUGGUACUACGUGGUAACUAAAAGUGGUAGUUGUUGUGA